UCAUUUGUCAAUUUCAAUUUUAACUCGUAAUAGUCAAUAAAUAAAAUAAACCUUACAAAAUCAAUACAAGGUAACAUGGAAGAUACUGAGUUGGAACCUUCAGAACUGGGUACACAAACAUACUGGCAGAAGGCAUAUACUAAAGAAAUUAUAAAUUUCGAGGAUCAUGGUGAUCCCGGAGAUGUUUGGUUUGGAGAGGACAGCGCGUACCGUGUUAUCAAAUGGAUAUGCCAGUGCGGUAUACCACAGGACACAUCUGUUAUUGAUUUAGGAUGUGGCAAUGGUUAUACAUUAACAGAACUAGCGAGAGAGGGUUUCAGUAAUCUCCUCGGAGUUGACUACUGCACUGAAGCGAUCACCCUCGCGGAGAAGGUGGCGCAGGAUCAGUUCCCUAUGAUAAGGUUCAAGGUAUUUGAUAUAAUCAAUGAUAAUGUUAAAACUUUAGGUAAAUUUGGUAUAAUACAUGACAAAGGUACAUAUGAUGCUAUCAGUCUAAGUCCUGAAGAUGCGAAGCAAAAACGACACAAGUAUAUAGAUCAAGUUGCGGAAAUGCUAGCGGAAGAUGGUUUAUUCGUCAUAACAUCGUGUAAUUGGACGGAAGAAGAACUUCUAAAGCAUUUCUCUGAGAAAAUGAAGCUAAAAUGCGUCAUACCGACGCCGCAGUUCACUUUUGGCGGGAAAGUUGGCAGCAUGGUGUCUUCUGUUGUUUUUGUUAACAAAUAAAAACUACAAAAAUGACUCUCUGAAUGGUCUCAUCCAAAAAAAGAUGUUUUUUACUCUGUAAAUAAAAAGUGAUGAAUUGAU